AUGUACAGCGAUACUGAAUGUACACGUCGUGCCGGAGGUUCAAUUCGAAGUUGUCAAUCUUCGACUUUAUCGAAUCGUUACAUUCGUGGACUUGGAAGUAAUCAAGAUUUAUCGAGACGAACAACAGCAGUUGGAACACCUGAUAUCUCGGAAAUUAUCUACAACAAUGAAACAUUUCAACUUUUCGCCGAAUUUCUUCAAAUCCAUGGACGCGAAUCGUUAGUUGGAUUUUGUGCAAUCGUUCUUGCAAUACCCAAUCUAUUGUCGAAUAAACGUCAAGCUUUGCAUGCAGUACGCGCGGCUUACAAACAAUACAUCAACGAUGAAUCGAUGUCGAAUAGUUGGUUACAACCAGUCACAAGGGAAUACAUUCGAGAACAGAUAGUCCAACGUGCAUUUGAUCCCUAUAAAAUCUUUCAACCAGCCAUGAAAGACAUGUUGAAAUACUUGAAUCAAAAUUUCUAUUCGAAUUUUCUUUCAUCACAAAUAUGGAAAAGUUACUUACUCAAAAAACAACAACAAGACAAACGAAUGAAAGGUUUGAAUGCAUCGACACCGAAGAAACUGAGCGCAUCUAUAAGUACAUCAACAAUGAAAUCAUCGAAACCAGCGAAUUAUAAACGGGAUAUACUAGCGAGCUAUAACGCAAAUAAAACACUAGGUUCGACAACUUCAAUGGUGUCAUCUUCAUCAUUAUCAACAACAUCAAUAAAGACGCCAUUAGCAUGUUUCAUUCAAAAUAAAGAUGUGCCUUACAUGAUCUAUUUGAAUAUUCCUGUUGAACAUGUUACAUUAAGUGAUAUCAAACCACGUAUUCAUCAUUUAGCUGGAAAGAAAUUCGAUAGUCAAACCAGUGAAUGUCACUACUAUUUCAAACGUCGAAUUGAUCCAUCAGAAUUAUGUUUGAUGAACGAUGGCAUCUCGUCCAUGCCUACCUACGUUUACGAAGAAAUCGAUAACGAAGAUGUUCAUACACCUGUACCACAUCUUGAUGGAACAAUCGUGUGCAAAUUUGACUUUUCGAAUUAA